CAAUACUGUUUAGGUGGAAAGUUUAAGACAUAAAUCUUACAUCAUGGAGUCGAAAAAGGUCGACAUUAACGAAGCUACACCGUCAACUACUGCGAUACUUGACACACCUAGUAGAGACGUGCUGGACGAUCACAAAAAGUCAGACAAUGCCGAAGUAAGUGACGUGUACCCCCCAGGAAGUGCAGGAAAGCUAGACCCUGCACUAAAAAGACGUGUCCUGAAGGGAACCAUUCUAAAUUGGAUCUUCGGGACCAUAGCAUACAUAGUGGCGUUCGCUAUUUUCACACCCAUGUUUUUGCGUAUAGUAGAGCUUUUUGACGAUAAAGUGCCGGAUGUGGCCAGUACAUCCGCUAUAUUGGAAACUAGAUUAUUUGAAUUGACGGGCAAGACUGAUGCCGAAUUCGCCGAAGCUUUCGCCAAUAAUCUGGGCUCGGUAUUUGUGAACGCCGCCUACGAUAACACUAGUACGGAAGUGCUUACAGAGCAAACAACCUCGGCAUUGGGCAUGUUAGCAUCUUCUUUGCCUGUAGAGUCGGCGAUGAAAAGUUUGGUGCCUCUGGCAACGAUAGCGAAGGCUACUUCCGACGGCGACCGUACCCUUGCAUUAGAGCGAGUCUCGGCCGCUGUGCAAGGAGUCGUCGGCGAUCCUACUGUUUUUAUGGAUAAUAUUCGCGACUCAAUGGCAGGGUUGGCCAGUUACACAGGUGAUGCAGCAGCGUCUGCAGCUUUGGUGCCAGUUGCUCUUGGAGGUGCAAUGUAUCAGGCUUUAGGCACAUCCGCGGAAGAACUGGUAUCAGAAGUAUCCACGUCCUUUUUUGAAGCUGCAAAAUCGCAAGCGUUAAAUGAGAUGUUCGAUUUAACCUGGAUUGCUCUACUCACCACCUGGUGUAUUGUCGUCUUCACGGGGCUAUUGAUGUGGUACUGCCGUGACGAACCUGAGAUUGUAAUGUAUAACAAUCACUUCAAGAGACACUGGAUUAUCGCGGGUCUGCUUCUUUGUCCUAUCGGCGUAUACUUCGCAGCCAUUCCUCUUUUCCAAAUCACAACCAACACGGACGUUGUGCAGGAUCUUUACCUUUCAGGCGCCUGUAUCAUUAGUUUUAUCGCCGUCUUGGGAUUCAGUGCGCCAAUCGUUUGGAUGGGUCGCUCAUGGUUCAUGGAUUGCACCCGUAGCAAGGGUGGAAUUAUGAACAACUAUUUCUUUAUGGCUCCGUGGCACUUCUUCCUGGUGCUGCUCAUGUGUAGCUUCCAUAUUUGGGGCUAUUUUGAUCAUGACGUCUCGGUUAUGAUUGAUUUCAUCCCCAUCUUUUUCACCGUGGUAGUGGUUGGAAUGGAGUUCAGUCACUAUUCAUUUGGGAUCCUGUUGAAGUUUCACAGACAAGACUACUACGCUGGGUUCUGGCCGGCCGGCCGCAUGUUGACUGUGUUCGGUAUUACCUUCAUGAUCGGUUAUAUUUGGUGCGGUCUUCAGAACUCGAAAAUGCUGGCGGCGCUAUGGAUCCCUAAUCAUCUAAAUUGUAUCGUAUUCGGCGCAACAAUAGAUAUUUUUUGGUUGCCAAUAGUCCAAGCCUUGGGAAGAAAGUUUAACAGCAAUGGUAAGGCUACCUUCAACGACUGGGAUAUUGUCACGUUGCCCACUGAGGGACAGCUUCUGGACGAAGGUUCAGGCAAACCUAUGGUAGUGUAGGUUUAUUAGUCUUAAGUUUUAAUAGAUAACUUAAGUUUAUGAUAGGUAAUAUAGGUGAUAGUAUGCUUGUAGCAGAGAAUGUGUUUUUAAUCUGACUCGUUCUCAUAAUAAAUUUAAUAAAAACGGUUAAUUUUGUGGUC